CAGUCAGGUUAUUGGAAUAUUAGGAUAUAUAGAUGAAACACAAGAAAUACAUUCUACAGAGUAGCCUAAUAUGCAUGGUCUAUUUUUAGUCGCAGGUUAUGAUUGCAUUUGGUUUCUUCAGUCAGUGUGCACUGUGUAUUAUCGGUUCAUCCUCAUACUCCCGUUCGUCUUUUUUUUAAAUCAGUGGUGGUAGAUCUGAUAAACAUUGUCCAUCUAAAAAUAUCGAAUUAGUUGUAUCGUUGAGUGGAUAAGUACAUGGAAUUAAUCUUUAUUCGUGCGCAUCUCAAGAUAUUAUCGUGUAAUUGGUAAUUGAGAUGAACCCGAUGUUUGAUAAAGAUGCGUGCUGUUUUGAGCACUAGGCGCUUGGUGGUACCCUGCCUCCUCUCACGCUGCCGCGCGCCGUCUCAGUUUUCUCCCGCAGUUGGGCAGUAGCGUGUCCCCAGCGUUUCGUCUGCGACAUUGACAGGACAGGAUCCCUUGGCACGCCGCUCAUCGUCUCGCUAUGUAAUAUUAUUCCGAGCUGUCUUUAUUUCCUCAUUCCAGCACAUCUUUCCACACAAGACAGCUCCUCACGUUUCCGUUCUGUUGCCAUCCAGACCGAAGCGCCAGAAGGAUUUUCUAAGGGUGAAAAAACAUUUUUUAAUUUGAAGGUAAACUGGAGAUCGGGGAAUGAUGUCCGCCAGGCAGAGACGGGGGGUUGCCCGUUGGGGAUUUUGCUGGUUUCUUUGGGGGUUUUGGAAGAUCGGCACCGCGUGUCCAACAUCGUGCACUUGCAGCGUCUCCAGGAUCGUGUGCACAGAUCAGGUCGCGGCGCUUUCGGCUUUCCCUGUCUUGCAGUCCGAUUUCAGCAAGGAAGACAUCGAAGAAAUAUAUAUUGCAAAUCAAGGUAGAUUCUACGUCAUCACUGACAACGAUCUGAAGUUUUACGUGAACCUCAGGAAUCUGACUGUCACAAACACUCAGCUGGCAUCUAUAUCUCCAAAUGCCUUCGUUAAUAAUCCCAGACUCCACUAUCUAAAUCUGAAAGAUAACAAUUUGCCAGCCCUGUCUUGGAGAACCUUUCAUAAUUUAGAUUUAUCACAUUUGAUCCUGGCAGGGAACCCCCUUCAGUGCUCCUGUGAGAACCUGUGGAUCCGGCAGUGGCAGGAGGCGGAGUCUGAGAACCAGGAUCUGCACUGCGUGGAGGAGGGGGGUGGGACAAAACCCCUCGUCCAAUCAGCUCCCCCCGACUGCAUCCCUCCUACAGCAACGGUCAAUCCAACUAACAUCACGCAGAUGGCAGGAAGUGAUGUUACAGUGACAUGCAGGGCCAUUGGGGCCCCUGUCCCCAAGCUCACGUGGAACACCAGCAUUUUGGUCACAGCCUUUGAGGAAGAAGCAUCAGAACUGCAGUCCAGGCUCAUCCUGUCCAACCUGUCUUACCUGGAUAAUGGCCGUGAGCUUGCCUGCAGUGCAGAGAAUACGGCCGGUCUGACUGAGGCUGCUGUUAUCCUCAACAUCCAGUUCCCUGCAGCGAUCCUGCAGCUGCUGAACCCCGUCCCAGACCACCACUGGUGCAUCCCCUUCAGCGUAACAGGGAACCCCAAGCCUCAGCUGCAGUGGCUGCAUGAUGGGGAGCCUCUCCCCGACCACGACUACAUCUGGUCCCAGAUCCACGACUCCACCAACAACGAGUACCAUGGCUGUCUCCACAUGGAGACACCCACGCACCUCAACAAUGGCCAGUACACUCUGCUGGCCAAAAACCCCUACGGCGAGGACCAGCGGAGCAUUUACGCCGUCUUCAUGAACCCCAUCGGGACGGUAACACCACCACCACCAGAGCAUGAAGAUAGUGUGGCUGCAUAUGUGGUCGUUGGGAUAGCUGCAGUGGCUUUCGCAGGAUUUGUGCUGAUGAUGGUCAUUCUCAAAUUUGAGAAAAUUUCCAAGUUUUGUCUGAAAGGGUGCUCCUCUGGCCUAAGCAACGAUGAUGAAUCUGCAAGCCCCCUACAUCACGUUUCCAAUGGCAACAACACCCCAUCAUCCUCGGAGAUGGGUGCUGAUGCAGUCAUGAUCGGAAUGACGAAGAUUCCAGUGAUCGAGAACCCACAGUACUUCCGCAGUACCGGGGCCAUGCUCAAAACACAGACAUUCGUGCAGCACAUCAAGCGGCACAACAUCGUGCUGAAGCGAGAGCUGGGGGAGGGGGCGUUUGGGAAGGUAUUUCUGGCCGAGUGCUACAACCUCACCCCCGACCAGGAGAAGAUCCUGGUGGCUGUCAAGACGCUGAAGGAGGCAAGUGAGAAUGGACGGACAGAUUUCCAGAGGGAGGCGGAGCUUCUGACGAACCUGCAGCACGAGCACAUUGUCACCUUCUACGGCGUGUGUGUGGAGGCCGACCCACUCAUCAUGGUGUUCGAGUAUAUGAAGCACGGAGACCUCAACAAGUUCCUCAGGGCCCACGGUCCUGACGCAGUGCUGAUGGACGGGCAGCACAGUGCGAUGCAGGUGGAGCUGACCCAGCCUCAGAUGCUGCACAUCGCCCAGCAGAUCGCAGCGGGGAUGGUGUACCUGGCCUCCCAGCACUUUGUGCACCGAGACCUGGCCACACGCAACUGCCUUGUAGGGGAAAACCUGCUGGUCAAGAUCGGGGACUUCGGCAUGUCCCGUGACGUCUACAGCACUGACUACUACAGGGUGGGGGGGCACACGAUGCUGCCGAUUCGCUGGAUGCCCCCGGAGAGCAUCAUGUACAGGAAGUUCACCACAGAGAGUGACGUGUGGAGCCUGGGGGUGGUUCUGUGGGAGAUCUUCACCUACGGCAAACAGCCCUGGUACCAGCUCUCCAACAACGAGGUGAUUGAGUGCAUCACGCAGGGACGUGUCCUGCAGAGGCCCCGCCUGUGUCUGAAGGAGGUGUAUGACCUGAUGCUGGGCUGCUGGCAGAGAGAGCCACACAUGAGGCUGAACAUCAAAGAGAUCCACACACUACUGCAGAACCUGGCCCGGGCCUCACCUGUGUACCUGGAUAUACUGGGCUAGAGUGUGUGUGUGUGUGCGUGUGUGUCUGGAUAUACUGGGAUAGAGUGUGUGUGUGUCCCUGGAUAUACUGGGCUAGUGUGUGUGUGUGUGUGUGUGUGUACCUGGAUAUACUGGGCUUGAGUGUGUGUGUGUGUCUGGAUAUACUGGGCUAGAGUGUGUGUGUGUGUGUGUGUGUGUGUGUGUGUGUGUACCUGGAUAUACUGGGUUAGAGUGUGUGUGUGUGUGUGUGUGUGUGUGUGUGUGUCCCUGGAUAUACUGGGCUUGAGUGUGUGUGUGUGUGUGUGUGUGUGUGUGUGUCCCUGGAUAUACUAGGCUAGAGUGUGUGUGUGUGUGUGUGUCCCUGGAUAUACUGGGCUAGAGUGUGUGUGUGUGUGUGUGUGUACCUGGAUAUACUGGGAGUGUGUGUGUGUGUGUGUGUGUGUGUGUGUGUGCCUGUGUAUACUGGACUAGUGUGUGUGUGUGUGUGUGUGUGUGUGUGUGUGUGUGGAUAUACUGGGCUACUGUGUGUGUGUGUGUGAGUCUGUGGGGAGGGGGGGGUGUCUUAGAGAAUAUUGUGCAUUUGAAACACAGUUGAGUGUGGGUGCGUGAUUGUGAUAAUAUUGAUGAGAGAGAAUUUAAGCAAGUAUGCCACUGAGUGAAAACAGAUGAGACUGUGAUUGUAUCAAUGUGUUCGAGUGCAUGUGUGUGAACAUAUUAGACAGGAAAGAACUGAAGUGUGAGUGUGAACACUAGGGGAAAACGGAAACGUAGAUCUCCAAGAACACGGAUCUGAAAUUCCUACAUUUUCAGAUGAUAAAAUAAUCUUGUGUGCAACAGAGCAGCGCAGCUGGAAGCCCAGCGCUGAAUGUUGCCUGUGACCGAGCAGUAAACUGCCCCAGCACCGCUCAACAACGCAGAGCGAGAGUUUGAAAACAUGGAGGACCGAUUCACAAAAUGACUGUUGUCGCUAACAUAACAAGCUUGAGGUGGGAGCAGGGCUAGGCCCUCAGGACUGGCAAUGUUAGCGCUUAGCGCUCAUGUGAGGGUCAGCUAAGCAUCAGCUAAUGCCACAUUCACCAUGGUAACAGUCCUCAGACUCGUUACCAUGGAGAAUGGGCCGUUACUAUGGUGAAUAGAGAGGUUCUACAGCAUUACUCUGGUGAAUGGAGCCUCUCUCGUCACUGUGGUUAGCAGACUCGGGAUGAUUGCUGUGAUGAAUUGAGCCGCCAGCUCUUUACUGUGAGGAGAAACAGAUUCUUUACUUUCGACUCAUUUCUGUGGUGAAUGGAGCCAGUUUAUGCUCUGAUUCAGGACUAUGGUGGGUAAAUGUUGGAUUUGCACUUUUAUUUUAGAGAUUAUGGUCUCAUAAAAACUCCUGAGGGGCUUUCAUUUAAAUAAGACUUAAGUACUUAAACAUCCAUGCAGUGCAAAUAAUUCUCAAAUAUAAACUGUCUAUACUAAAACACAUAUCUGUGACCAAAUCUGGAUAAAUAUGUAGAUAAAUAUGAAGAGUUAUGAAGUACCCCCAUUAGUGGCAGGACACAAAUAGCAUGUCUGCGUUGGAAAUGCAGUCUCAGUUUGAGUUUCUAAAUCACCUUUCAGAGUAAACUGCUUACGAUUGACCCGUGUUCAUUAGCAUCAAUCCAGGGCUCUCUGUCCCUGCACAACAGAACAGAGCCAGGUUACAGACGCAGAACUGCAGAGCAACCUUCAAAAACAACGUUCUGCUGCAGACAGCACACUCAGAUAUGUUCAGUGUGUGAAAAGGACAUGGGCACUGAACAUCGGGGGAAGAAUUGUGAUUUUUUUCUGCUCCUUGUGGUCUGGUUUUACCUUUUAAAGCAACAUGUGCAGUAGUUGCAUUUAAGGGGCAUUCAUCAUGACAGAUUUGACCAGUAAUUUACAACAGCAACAACUGAAUAUUUCUGCUAAAAUUCCCCCAUUAAAAUAAAGACCUAUUUUUUUGGUUUUCUUGGAAUAAGGGGUUGAAAUCGUUACCAGUCAGAUCUGAGCAUAAGGAAAGGCUCUGUGUGAGUGUAUUAGGACAGUACUGAGCUGAUGUGAAGAAAAUGAUUUCCAUAUUUGCUAUUUGAUGUGAUGGCUCAUCAGCUUGGUUGCUUUGAGGCAGGCCGGAUCAACAUUUUGUGAUUUUUGUUGCAUUAAUCUUCACUAUGGACCUCCUCUUCUGCUGUUCUGUUCUUUUAUGAAGGACUUUGAGUCGAACCGACAGCCAAGCACAUAUUCCACAGCACAGGAGAAGCAGCAUUGCUCUCACCACGGAGUGGAAAUCACAGUUCCAAGAUGAUUUUUGCGAAUUUUUGGGAAAAGACAUGUCAUUUAUAUUUCCUCUCCCUUGUUGAUUUCAUAUGGCCGGACUUAUAAAAUAAUGUGCGUUGCCGUGACAAUAUCAUGUAAUGGAAUGUUCUUAUUGCAUCAAGCUUCUGUGUGGUAGUUAUGCCAUUGUACAUUGCACAUGUCACAGUUGUAUCGCUGUAUAUACAUUAGGGAAGAGUUGUGUAUCUAUACGUAUCGCUGCUCUCUGAAGACAUUUUUGUCGACACACUCUCUGAAUGUAAACUGUGGUUUGGGAACGGGGACACGAGGCGUGGUUUGAAUAUAAACUGAAAGCGGACAUUGGGUGGCUCUUGAGGGAUGUAUGCCAGAGCUAAUGUUCAACCAGCUCCCACAGCUCUGUUGUAAAAUUGCUUUGUAAUGUGAGUCUGUAAAUAUGUGGUCAGGUUACAAAAGUACAGUGUGUCCAAACUUCAUCCAGUACCAUUCGCUGGAAGGGCGCAGUGUGGUACAAUGUGGUACUGUAAGAGUAAAGCUAUAAGAGUAUAUACUAUGGCACAAUUCCCAAAAUAUUCAGAAGUGUACACAAUGGUAAUAUUCUCAAAAUGUUAGGUGCACACUAUGGUAUGAAUCUCUAAACAUUUAAGUGUACAUGACUGUUCUAUUCUCUACACUCUUAGAAAUAAAGUGAAAGUAGAGGUACAUUUUUGUGCCUCAGCUGUCACCCCAGCAAUAGGCAUUUGUACCUUUUUAGGCACUUUUCGUAACUUUAUUUCUGAGAGUGUAAAUAUUAUAUUCUAUGCCAUGGUUAUUUGCUGUAAAUAUAAUGUGUACACUUCAGUACUUUCCCUGCCAAUGCAGCUGCGCACACCAUUGGGCAGCAGAAGGUAAGGCCCUAUGAUCUCUAUUGUGUACCUAUUCUGAAUGGUCAGUUGUGUGGUCUGUUCUGAAAUAUACAUUUUUACUGUCCUUGGCAAUGUGAAAUAUGCGAUAGUAGUUAACAGUUCUAUGGUUUGCAGCUAAUGCAUACACACAUACACACGUUCUGUGUGCUCUGUGAGAAAAGGUAAUGCAUACACACGUUCUGUGUGCUCUGUGAGAAAAGAUGCAUACACGUUCUGUGUGCUCUGUGAGAAAAGAUGCAUACACAUGUUCUGUGUGCUCUGUGAGAAAAGGUGAAUGUAUUGGACUGAUGAAUUGUAUCUGCAGUCCUCUUUACCUGUGCGAUGUUCAGAGGGACAUUUUCUCCUCUUUGAGUCAGAAGCUGAGAAUACAGGAAGAUGGAAAGAAGAUGCGUGUUUCUAUUUGUGUGUGUGUGUGUGUGUGUGUGUGUGUGUGUGUGUGUGAGUGUGUGUGUGUGUGUGAGUGUGUGUGCGUGAGUGUGUGUGUGUGUGUGUGUGUGUGUGUGUGUGUGUGUGAGUGUGUGUGUGUGAGUGUGUGUGUGUGUGUGUGAGUGUGUGUGCAUGAGUGUGUGUGAGUGUGAGUGUGUGUGUGCGUGUGUGAGUGUGUGCGUGACUCUGUGUGAGUGUGUGAGUGUGUGUAGAACUGAAGCAGCAGAGACGGAACAUGUAUCCGGUAUUUUGGGUGGUGAAAGUGUUGGAGGCUUUGAGCUCAGAUUUCCUGCAGUAGGAGAUCCUGCUGGAAGCUGCUGAAUGCAUCAGUCACCAUCACGCCCCUAUUUUAAAUUACGCAGAUUGGGUCUUUAUUCAAGAAACAAAUGCUUUCCCUGGCAAUUACCCUCCCAGCUGUGAGCUUCAGCUGUGUGUGUGUGUGUGUGUGUGUGUGUAUGUACAGUAUGUUUGUGUGUUUUUGAGAGUCCCAUAGCAAAAAUAAAUAUUUCCAAUAUACAAACAUCUUUGUAUUAAAAUGCAUUUACAUUUGAAGAAGAUGUAUUGCACAAAUACAGUAUAUAUUUAAUAUAUUAUUGAACACGUGACAAGCAUUGUAAUAUAACAAACCUAUAAUUACCCAACGUUUUAAAUUAAUUUACCAUAUACAUAUUUCCCAAACAUUUAUUUGAAAGAUUUGUAAUCCAUUGUAUGCUCUAAAUAAGAGGUUUAUUUAUGUUAUGACAUCAUUAAUAAUAUGUGCCCUCUCAUUUUUAUGAGUCAUGCAGGAAUCAUUUUCUGGCAUAUGUGUGUGUAUAUGUGCUUGUGUGUGUCCUGUGGGUAUGUGUUUGUGUGUGGAUACCUGUGUAUGUGGUCAUGUGUUGUGUGUCUACUGUGUGUGUGUGUGUGUGUGUGUAUGCGUGUGUGACUGAUAGCCCUGGCUUAAUUAACAUCCUGUAAACAGCUCAUGUAAAUUAAUUAGAGCUCUAGCUCUCAUAAUUGAGUUUAAUAAAAUUGGUAUAUGCUGUAUUGUUAUAUGUUAUGUUGACAUGGUCUGUUUCUAAAAUGUUUAAGCCUGUGGUACUAUAGAACAAUGGUCUCUCUGUACACACUAUGGUCUGUAAGUGUGUAUGUUAGUCUGAGUAUGUGUACAAGUUAGAGUGAGUAUGUGAGUGUAUGUUAGUGUGAGUGUGUGCAUAUUAGUGUGAGUGAGUGUGUGUGCAUGUUAAUGUGAAAGAAUAUGUGUGUAUAUUAGUGUGAGUGAGUGAGUGUGUGUGCAUGUUAGUGUGUGUGUGUAUGUGUGAGACUGUGAGUGUGUGUAUGUUUGGGUGAGUGUGCAUGUUAAUGUGAAUUAGUAUGUAUGUUUGUAUGUGUGUGUGCAUGUUAGUGUGUGUGUGUGUGUGUGUGUGUGUAUGUUAGUGCGAGUGUGUGUGUGUUAGUGUGAGUGAGUGUGUGUGCAUGUGUGUAUGUGCGCUCACAGUUAAAUUGUGGUGCAGUGGUCUGUGUAGUAGUUUGGGGUAAAUACAAAUGAUUCAUAAUGUAAACGAAAGCAUACACAGGGAGAUAUGCUCAGCAUAAUUUAUAAUCAUGGUAUAGUAUUUAUACAUUUCUGUGGGACAUAAAAUAAAACCUUAAGCAAAAUGUA